CCCGUCCCCAAUUAUGUCGUCUCUGAUCCGCCGGAAGGACCGACGAAAGAAGAGCGAAAGAAAGAAUGAAUGAAUGAAUUUCAAUGGUAAUGAAUGACGAGCAGCAGCAGCAGCAGGAGGCCGCGCUCGCCAAACCCGAUGCACCCCGAGCCGGAGACGAACGCGGUGAGAAAACGGUUUUUACGUUGACGUAGACCAGUGCCAUACAGCGCUGCGUACAAUCCACGUGUGACGGAGGGCGAAAGAGGAAAGCGAAUCGGACGGCGGGGACGCGAAGAUGCGCCGGUCCGAUUGUGGGUCGACCGUCCCCGAAAUAUUCUUCGUCGGCCUGGGAGCCCGAACGAGAGUUCUGGUCUGGUCCGGUCCCGUCGCGUCUGGCGAGGCAAGACGUACGAAAUGGGCAUUACAGUAGACUCGGCCCCCAGGAGCAAUUAAUGAUUGAUCCCUUCGACAGAGAGCGGAAUCUUGUGCUGCAUCUGCAGAUCCUUGCCAUUGCCAGCGUCUGAACUUGUCGAACCACCUACGAGAGCCACAUCCUUCCUGAAGCGAGCCAGCGUUUCAAGACGAGGCGUCACGACUUCGUCACUCCAAUUUUUCCGGAAUCUCCCGCACUGCACUGACUCACUCUCCCCAUCGCUGGGGUCGUCUUCGUCUGUCGUAGUCGCCGUCGUCGAUCUGCGCGACUUAAGUAAAGAAAGCAAGCAGGCAAAGAAAUCGGAAGGAAGGAAGAACCAACCAACCAACCAACCGCGGAUCGGAUUGACUCAUUGCCCACGUACCCGUCGCCCUCUGGGCCUGCGGACUGGAGAGCGCUGGAGCUCCGUGCUCUUUUCGGGGUUUUGAAUCAGGGUUCAGCUGAAAGAGGUCGUUGGGGCCCGGGGGCCAGAUUGGCGGUUGACAGGUGGGUCCUGUGGUCGUCGUGCUGCUUCGACAAUCUUCGGUAAGCACAGAGGAGGGCGACGAGAAUUGGGUUCUAGGGUUUAGGGUUUAUGCUUCUCCGAGCUCAUGCUGACGAUGGCUGUGACAAACUCCUGAACCAAAUGAUCCUGCGCAGAUCUACUUGGUAAUUCGGAGUCUUUUCUGCUCUGCAGCUGGACUGGAAAUGACAUGCUACGAGAACCCUCACUCGAUGCUUCCUUGCCUGUCCCUCUGCGUCGCGCAGCGCAGGCCAGACACCGUCGAAACUCACUUCGAACUCUGCGUUGACGUUUUCCGCCGCAGUCAUUCGCUAGCCUAGACGAGCUGGUGACUGAUGAUGCGUGCAGGAUUAUAUGGUGCUUAAUUCCUUUAACGGUGUGACGCGGUCUGUCACACGACAAGAAGUUGAGCCGAUUGAGGCAUACGGGUCAUAAUCCAUUUUCAGAUGCCGAGCAACAAGAGGCGUUCCUCGACCGGAGGGCAUUCGACUCCAUCCAAGCCUCCCCUGCCUUUGGCUGCUCUUGCAGAUGGCAGGUCCACACCACCACCGAGGACAAACUCGUCACCUCCGCAGACACCUGCGAGCGGCAGAAUUGGGACGUUGGGAACUCCGAGGCGUGACGGUGAAUUCUGCUCAGGUAGCUUCAAUGCAACAGUUGUUGCCGUGGAUGACAAGGAUUCAAAGGGCAGGGCGGUGAUAUGGUUGUCAGAGCAGGCCAUGCUGUCUACUUCAAUCUCUACUGGAAGCCUCGUAUAUGUCAAUGUUUUAGCUCCCAUUGGCCACCCCGAGGCGAUCUGUGGAUCCUUGGAGUCAGUACGGGAUGCUUCAGUCAUGGAAUGCGGACUGGAAGUGCCCCGUAAUUCAACUUUUGGUGCGGCGAUGGCUGUCUCUAUCGCUUGGCCGUCUAAAAAGUUGGUCAAGAAUGAGGUGAGGAUAUCGAGAGUCCUCUCGUAUUCUCUGGGUUCUCCUGUCCCUGGUACAAGUCUUUCUCUAAAUUUACUCAAGAGCCAACUUGCAAAUGCGGAUGCAACGCGAGCUAUUAUCGAAAGAGAUGAUCCUAUCGGAGCAUUGCCUGUAGUUGUUUAUGAGUGCUCUGAGAUAUCUUUGCGGUGGUGUCCUGUACAACAUUCACAACAAACGGAAUUCAUUCCCGUCCUCCGUAGGUUUCCAUCAUUUAGCAAGGAGGAGUUGGCAAUGUCCUCACCAUCUGUGAGCACUCCAAGGCGUCAAGGACAUCAGGAAUCAGACAAAGGCAGAGCAGUCUCGUCUUCCCCUGCAAGCCGGUCCCCCUUUUCAGGCAGCACAAAGUCGCCAGCGGGACGAGAAUCUAACGAGAAUACAAUUGAACAGGAACAAAGUAACGAUGCCCUUGUUCAGCAGCGUUGGGACUCCGUAUGGGCUGCAUUUGGAAAGGGAAAGGAGAAUGUGAGAAGUCUUAUGGAAGGCUUUGCUGCGCGCUGGCUUGCAGGCCGGUAUCUACUUCCAGGCAACGUUGUGCAUGUUUCGUUGUGUGGGGCUGACUGCAUGAUGCUGGUCACGGAAACAAAACCCUUAGUUCAGUCGGAUAUUUCUACAGGAAAGAUAACUUCUAGUCCUUACAAUCAUGAAAUUCAUGAGGACAUAAAAGUCAGUGCUUUCUCACCAGAACCAGUUGCCUUGUAUCGUAUGAGUUUGAAUACAAGAGUUACUUUGCUCCCGCCAACAGUGAAGAAAGAGGAGUCUGUUGCAGAAUCACAGCACGAUGUGGUCACUUCUGCAUGCUCAGAAACUGUCGAAGGAGACAAAGUACAAGGAUCGAGUGCGGAUGUGGGUAGAAUUGAAUAUUCUUCCUUGGGCGGUUUGUCUGCACAAAUCAAGAAGAUAAGGGAACAAGUAGAAUUAUCGUUAAUCUACCCUCACAUACUUUCAAGAUACGGUUUGCAACCUGCAAGGGGAGUCCUUCUUUACGGACCACCUGGCACAGGAAAAAGUUCACUCGCGAGGGCAGCUGCUUGUGAAGCUGGUGUUAAGAUGUUCGCAAUAAAUGGUCCAGAAAUAAUCAGUGAAUUUUACGGCGAGAGUGAAUCAGCGCUUAGGGCUGUUUUUUCCACAGCCACAAAAGAAGGUCCAUCAGUGGUGUUUAUUGAUGAGCUCGAUGCUAUCGUUCCAGAGCGGAAGGAGGGAGGUGAAGAACUGGCACAGCGAUUGGUGGCUGCUUUGCUGACUGUUAUGGAUGGUGGAGCAGAAGACAAUCUUAAGGGGGUCUUGGUCAUAGCUGCUACCAACCGCAUUGAUUCCAUUGACCCAGCCUUACGACGACCUGGCAGAUUUGACUUGGAGAUUGAGAUUGGAGUACCAUCUCCCUCUGAUAGACUAGGGAUAUUACAGGUUCUUCUUCGAGACCUUCGUCAUACUUUGAACGACUCCGAUAUCUCGGACUUGGCUGCUACAACUCAUGGUUUUGUUGGUGCUGACCUUGCUGCACUAUGUAAUGAGGCUGCAAUGUCCACACUGCGCCGGAUUGUCCACCUCCGCCAAUCGAGUCUCACAAAAGGAAUCGGUCGUGGAGAGGAGUCAUCGAACGUUGUUACACUAGAUCUUCGCAACUUUCAAAAACAGCUCUCACUGGGUCAAGAGUCUUUGUCAGAGGUAACAGUUCACGACUUUCAAGUGGCAAAGACAAAGGUUAGACCCAGUGCAAUGCGAGAGGUCGCUCUGGAAGUUCCAAAAGUGAAAUGGAACGACAUCGGGGGUCAUGACGACGUCAAACAAAAAUUGAAGGAGAUAGUGGAGUGGCCGCAGAAACAAACUGCUGCAAUUGCGCGCAUGGGAGUGGACCCUCCCCAUGGUGUACUUCUGCAUGGACCUCCUGGCUGCAGUAAGACACUCAUGGCAAGAGCAGUUGCUUCAGAAACUGGUCUCAAUUUUAUUGCUGUAAAAGGACCAGAAUUGUUUAGCAAAUGGGUGGGUGAGUCAGAAAAAGCUGUGAAGAGUCUGUUCGCGAGAGCAAGAGCAGCUGCACCUUCGGUCGUCUUCUUUGAUGAGAUAGACGGUCUUGCUGUGAAACGGGAAAGCUCACAUGGCCAGGGAGUUUCUGUUGGAGACAGGGUCAUGAGCCAGCUGCUCACAGAGAUGGAUGGGUUGGUUCCCAUGAAAGGUAUAUCAGUGAUUGCUGCGACCAAUCGACUUGAUAUCAUAGACAGUGCCCUUCUUCGACCUGGACGAUUUGAUCGCAUCCUUUACGUUGGUCCACCUGAUGAGGAUGCGAGACGGCAGAUAUUUGGCAUUCACCUAAGCAAAAUGCCUUGUAGCCCUGAUGUGUGCAUCAGCUCUUUGGCAGCCAUGACUUCGUCUUAUACUGGCGCUGAUAUAUCAGCUGUAUGUCGGGAAGCUGCCAUGAUCGCCUUAGAGGAGGACGUCAAUGCCAGAGAGGUUAGAGUGUGUCACUUAGACACAGCCAUAGCUCGAGUUAAACCAAGUAGCCUCGUAAGAAGUUAGGUGAUGAAUAUUUGACCACAAAUAAAUACAUUCGCAGUUUCAUGCCAAUUGUAAAAGAGUCUUACAAUUUUCUCUAGUAAGAGCUUCUGAUCAGUACCAACAGGUGUUUCUUGGAUUGUUUUUUGUACAUAAGGAGAGGUUGUCAGAAGUCAAACGUGAAGCUUAGACUGAUAGGAGUGUAUCCCUUUUCACCUUUAUAUUAGCCUUAAAAUUGACUUUUUACAUCUCUCGAAAAGCUCACCAGUCCAAGAUGUCCAUUUGAUUGUGAACCCCACUCAAGGGAAGUACAGCUUUGUAUGAACUACCUCGUACCACUCAUCGUCAAUACAUGUACUAUAUUGAAAUACUGGC